AGCACGAUUUUACUAUUCGUGCUGGCCACGAGAGGCACUAACAGUUUGUAAUAAAGUGAGUCAGAGAAAAAUCGACAAAAGUCGCAGUGUCCAAGAAAAAGUGAAUUUUAAGCAUCAAAAUGAAAUUCCAAUACAAGGAAGAGCAUCCUUUUGAGAAGAGACGUGCUGAGGGUGAUAAGAUCCGCAGGAAAUAUCCCGACCGUGUUCCUGUGAUUGUGGAGAAGGCACCAAAGGCGAGAAUUGGUGAUUUAGACAAGAAGAAGUACCUUGUGCCGUCAGAUUUAACCGUUGGCCAGUUCUACUUUCUCAUUCGCAAACGGAUUCAUCUGCGUCCCGAGGAUGCUCUCUUCUUCUUUGUCAACAAUGUGAUUCCGCCUACAUCCGCCUCAAUGGGUUCGCUGUACCAGGAGCACCAUGAAGAAGACUGUUUCCUCUACAUUGUCUAUUCAGAUGAAAAUGUUUAUGGAAAGAGGUUCUAAAAGGUAUCCCUCGCGUGUUUCUAGAAUCAUUCAAUGAACCACAUCAAAAAAACAAUCUUUUUCUCCUCCAUUUCUUUUUUUUUCUUCGUAUUUUGUCUUGGAUUUGCCGAGUUAACUUUUUAGCAUUUCUCAACACUCAAUAAUGGCAGUUGUUAGAAUGCUAGGUUGAAAACAGUUUAAACAACAAAAAAAAGUGAAUGAAAUAAAAGAAUUUUUAGUAAUUUUUCGGUGAGAAAGUAAUUAAUAUUUUUUGACUAAAUAAAAUAUUAUCUAUGAUGUAUGUUCAGAAAGAUGAGAGAGAUGAUUGAUGAAUCAUGCAGCACUUUUACCCAAAUUUUAUAAUUUUUUUUUCAGUUUUACAAAAUAACUUUGACCUAUGAAAACACAUUUUAUUUUAUUUUUUACUGAUAAUUCUGUUGCCGCAAUUUAUUUUCUGAUGGAAAACCUCCUGAAAAAAGCAAGGAUUAGUUUUCCAAUGUAAAAGUAGCUCUAGAAUUAUGAUUCAAAAUUGUGUUAUUGGUGAAUCAAUAUUGGACUUUUUUUAAUGUAAUAUGUAUUAUGUAUAACUAGAUUAAAAGUGAGAAAUAAAGUAUGAUUAAAAUACAA